AUAUAUUAUUCAUUACUCCAUCUACGGAUCUACCACAGCAAUAUAUUUAUGACAACAAAAUAAAUGUAAGAAUUUUUUUUAUUUAAGGCCAAUACACAUUUUCACAAACUCCGAAGUCCAAACAAGCUGAAAAAAUGGAGCGGAGUCCGGGCCUCCUAUUCAAUAAGUGGAUAACGACCAUAGCCAGUAUUUGGAUCCAGUGCGGCGGCGGCUCAUCGUACACCUUCGGGAUCUACUCCUCCGUUCUCAAAUCCACUCAGGGAUAUGAUCAAUCAACGCUCGACGUCGUCUCCGUCUUCAAGGACAUCGGCGCCAACGUCGGCGUCCUCUCUGGAGUCCUCUACUCCAACAAUCGUUACGGUCCAUGGGUAGUUCACUUGGCGGGGGCGAUUCAAUGCUUUGCGGGUUAUUUCUUGAUGUGGACAUCGGUGGUUGGAUUGAUCAAGCCGCCGCCGCUGCCGUUGAUGUGCGUGUUCAUGCUAUUGGCGGCGCACGCCCAGACGUUCUUCAAUACGGCGAAUGUGGUCACCGGUGUACGUAACUUCACCGAUUAUGGUGGAACGAUUGUUGGCAUCAUGAAGGGCUUUCUUGGUCUGAGUGGAGCAAUACUGAUUCAAGUGUAUGCUACAUUAUGUGAGGGUAAUCCAAGCACCUUCAUUCUGAUACUUGCAUUCUUGCCGACCAUUCUCUCUCUCUCGCUUAUGUGUUUGGUAAGAAUCCAUGAGACAAACACAGUUGAUGACAAGAAGUACUUGAAUGGUUUAUCUACCUUUUCUUUGAUAAUUGCCGGAUAUCUCAUGAUCAUUAUAAUAUUAGACAAUGUCUUCACUUUGCCUCUACUGGUACGAACUGUUACAUUCGUACUACUGCUGCUGUUACUUUCGUUGCCUCUUGUAAUUGCUGUCAAAGCCCAGAAGGACUACGCGAUGAGAUUCCAACAAGAAUUUUCCAUUGAGACGACUCCACUACUGAAUAAAACAGGUCAUCCAACUGCCACUUUUGGCGAUGAAAGAGUACCGUUGAAUGAAGACGAAAUGAAUCUGUGGCAAGCCGUCUGUACAGGAAACUUCUGGUUGUUGUUUGUUUCAAUGCUAUGUGGAAUGGGCUCUGGACUGGCGACGAUAAAUAACAUGAGCCAGAUAGGAGAAUCUCUGCAUUACACAACAACAGAAAUCAAUUCGUUGAUUUCUUUGUGGAGUAUAUGGAAUUUUCUGGGCCGUUUUGGAGCAGGGUAUGUGUCUGAUGUCUUUUUACAUAAAAAAGGCUGUGCAAGACCAUUGUUCAUUGCUAUUACUCUAGCAACCAUGACCGUCGGCCAUAUAGUUAUCGCAUCUGGUUUCUCUAAAAAUUUAUACAUUGGAUCAGUUGUCGUGGGUAUUUGUUAUGGUUCACAGUGGUCGUUGAUGCCUACCAUAACUAGUGAGAUAUUUGGUGUGAGGAAUAUGGGUACUAUUUUUAACACUAUAGCUAUUGCAAGCCCCAUUGGAUCGUAUAUAUUUUCUGUAAGAGUCAUUGGAUAUAUCUAUGACAAAGUAGCGACCGGUGAACAUGACUCUUGCUUUGGUACUCACUGCUUCAUGGUGUCUUUUCUGAUCAUGGCAUCUGUUGCGUUUUUCGGAUGUCUUGUUGCCCUAGCAUUGUUCUUUCGGACGAGGAGAUUCUAUGAGCGGAUUGUCCAGAGAAGGUUGCGGCGUAUGUAGAUUUCGUGUGAGGUGCAUACAGCAGUGUGUAUUUGUGUCUUGGCAGAAAAUUACAGAAUAUAGCAUUUGUGGACAAGAGAACCAAUUUCAUUGUGCAGUGAGCCCUCUUGCUAACACUUUAGCAGGAAAAAAGGAUGGAAACGGAUACUCAAUUUAAAAUAAAUAAGCAGAAUUACAUACUCGAUCUCAUGGAUACAUAUAAAAUUCUGUGGAUUGAUGCUUUAGAUUGAGAUGGAUGAUUCUUA